AUGCUGGGCCAACUCGUUGGAUCCGCCAUGCUCCUGGUCGCAACCGCGAUCUUUCUAUACUAUACUGCCUGGACGUUGCUUAUGCCAUUCGUCGACCCGGGCCACCCUCUCCAUGACCUCUUCCCUCCCCGUGUUUGGGCCAUUCGAAUCCCCGUCAUCCUCACUCUCCUAGCUUCUGCUGUGGUGGGCACCUUUAUUGGGAUUGUGAUGAUCAACAGCAACAAGAAAAAGGCGGCCAAGGCUAAGGCUGCUGCGAAGAAGAAGACCUGA